GCAGCCUGACAGCAGCAGAGACAUUUCUGAUUCCAGACUGAGCCAUGGAUCCUGAAGCCAACGAUACGAUAGAGCUGGCAGCGCUUGGACGGCCUUUCAGUCUCGGGAUGCUGUAUGAUUGUCGGCGAGAUUUACUGGUCCCAGGUAUGACUUUAUGGGACCGUGAUGCGCUGGAAAAGGGUAUACGAGAGAGACCCCAACCCAACAGUGAAUUUGAGAUAGUUGCAUCUGAAUCGAUUGAGGACAAAUCUUCAGCAUUAAAUGUCCAAGCCUCCCUGAAGGCCAGUUUCUUGGGUAGACUAAUAGAGGUUGAAGGGUCUGCCAAAUACCUAAAUGACAGUAAGAUUUCCAAAAACGAGGCCAGAGUGACACUCAAAUACAAAAAUACAACCAAGUUUCAGGAACUGUCAAUGAAUCAUCUUGGAAGUGGCAAUAUGAAACAUCAAUACGUUUUUGAUAAAGGAAUGGCAACACAUGUAGUCACAGGUAUCCUUUAUGGGGCACAAGCCUUCUUUGUUUUUCACCGUGAGUUAACAGAAAAAGAGGACCAUCAAGACAUUGAGGGCAGUCUGAAGGUGAUGAUCAAAAAGAUUCCCACACUUGCUAUAGAGGUUGAAGGUUCCCUGCAAAUGAGUGAAACAGACAUUUCAAAAGUUCAAAGAUUCUCCUGCAAAUUCCAUGGUGACUUUAACCUUCAGAAGAAUCCUGUGUCCUUUCAGGAUGCAAUAGAAGUCUACCAGAGUCUUCCAAAAUUACUGGGAGCAAAUGGAGAAAAUGCCGUGCCAGUCAAGGUCUGGCUGAUGCCCCUGAAAAGUUUAGAUUCUGCUGCAGCUCAAAUUGUCCGUCAGAUAAGUAUUAGAUUAGUGAUGGAGGCACAGAGCAUCCUGGAGGACUUCAAUGAGUUAGAAAUGAGGUGCAAUGAUGCAAUAAAAAACAGCACAACCCAACAAUUCCCACAGAUUGGGAAAAAGCUAAAAACCUUUAAAGAAUUGUUCUCUGAGUACAAGCUGGAAUUCCAGAGGACCCUGGCAAAGAAACUUCCAUCAAUCCGGGGAGGAGGAGAAGAGGAGGCUGUGCUUGCAGAGGUGUUGAAAAAGAGACAUUCUUCUCCAUUCAACAACAAAAACCUGAGUGAGUGGAUGAGUUGUAAAGAGAGAGAAAUAAACAUCUUAAAAUCACUCACUGACAUGAUGAAAAACACCAAGAUUGUCACAUCUCGAUAUGCACUCGAUCAAGAAAUCCUCAGUGCUGAGCAUGCUGUGUGCUUUGCUUUCACCUCACUGAAGGAUGAUGAACCAUACCUCUCAGCUUUAUUAAAAUACUUACAGGAAACACCUCAAACAAAGAGUCUACAAGACAUCACUUAUCAGACUUAUGAUGUAGAGAAGGCUCAGUGGUACUUUCCACAGGAGGUGAUGGAUGCUGUGAGGCAAAAAGCAAAGCUCUUCAUUGAUUUUUCAGAGACUAACAUUGACAACGAAAACAUAAGAUUCCUGACAGCAGGUAUAAAAAAUGAGAAGCCAAAAGGAGCAAGCAUUCACCUUUAUAAAGAAGGUUCUUUCACUCCUGAGAACUUUGAGCCUCCUUCAAAGCCUGAAAAACCAGCAGUAAGGGACACGACCCACAACAGUGUGACAGUGAAGAUUUCCCCACCAGGAUUCGGAGCAGAAAACAUCACCCACUACUCUGUUGAGUACUGUGUCAGUGGAGAAGAUGACUGGCAGCAAAUGAAAGUAUUGACAGCUGGAGAAGUCACAGUGUCCAGUCUGACUCCUAACACAGAGUACUUGUUCAGAUGCAGAGCAGUGUGCUCAGUUGGAAAAGGGCCAGCUAGUGAUGUCAGUGGUCCCAUUACAACCUUACCCACUAGUCCUCCUGGAGAACCUCAAGCUGAACCAAAUUCAAAUGAGCUGUCAGUUAGCUGGGAGAAACCUGCUGAGAUUGGUAAAGGUGUCAACAUUAUGAGCUACAUUGUAGAGUAUGCAAAAACAGCUCCUGGGGUUAAACAUGAAGAACUUGAAUGGAACCAAAUGGUUUCACAAAAUGAAAAGGCCAUUAUAUCUGGGCUUAAGCCAGAGACAGAGUACGCUGUCAGGGUCAGAUGUGAUUGUGGUGUAGCUGGUAGAAGCAAGGAAAGCAACACAGUUAAUGUGUGGACAAAAAAACAAGUGCACCUCGCAGAAUUGCUCAGAUGUACCAGCAAACUUAUCAAUUCUGAAACACCUGCACUUUACAAGCUACCUCUGAAGAAAGAGGAUAUGGAUAUAAGUGGAUGCACAAGGUACAGUUUGGGAGAAGAAAGCUUGAAAUUAAAUCUCACAAUAAUGGUUUUUGGAUCAAUUGGAUCAGAAAAGUCCACUCUCAUCAAUGGAAUGAUCAAUUACAUUGUUGGUGUAGAGUGGAAUGACAGUUUUAGAUUCAAAUUAAUUGAUGAGGGUCAGUUGAGAUCACAAGUCACUGUGUACAAAAUCAACCAUCAAGAAGGAUUCAAAAUCCCAUAUUCCUUGACCAUAGUUGACACUCCAGACUUUCCGGCAAUAAUGAGUAUAUUUGGUUUCGCAGAUGAAACAAUUUGGUGUGGCGCAAGCACAGAGCUGGAAGACCUGAUGCGGCGGCUCUUCGCCUCUAGUAAUUUAGCCAGUGAAAUUGAUGUGCUGUGUUUUGUGACCAGAGCAACAGAUCCAAAACGAUCAACCUCAUAUACACGUUUGUAUAUGUUUGAAUUGAUGCUCUCCAUUUUUGGCAAAGAUGUGGCAGAGAACAUUUGGACUAUGCUGACAUUUGCAGAUGGCCAAGAGCCACCAGUUCUUGAGGAUAUCAGUGCUUCAUGUCGCACAUUACCUAAAACAAGCAAGGGUCAGCCAAUUCACUUCACUUUUAACAAUUGGGCUUUUUUUUCAGCCAAGAAACCAUCAGCAGAACACAGUGAAGCUCAUGAUGAUGAUGAUGAUGAUGAUGAUAGUGGUUUUGAUGAACUCUUUUGGUACAUGAAUACUAAAAAUAUGAAGAAGUUCUUUGCUGAUUUGGCCAUCAAGAAGUAGGUCCUCGAAGAAUGAAAGCAGUUUGAAAAUUGGCUCAGGCAAUUCAAAAAUGGAUUAGUUAAGCUUGAGGAGAAUAUAAGGAUGGAGGAAGAAAUUUUCAGUCUUCAGUUUUAAGUCGUGUAAUCUUGAUUCUGCAUUUUUUUUUUUAAUUUUUAUUUUUUUUUACAUUUACUACGAAGUAACACUGCAGAAAACUUUUGGCUACUAACAUUAGUACUAGGUAGAACAAGAUUGGAUGGCAUGCCUGCUUGAAAUAGGCGGUGAAAUAAACUCAAACCAAACACAUACGCACACACAUACACACACACACACACACGGUGGAUGAUGGGGCAGUUAAGCAAGUUUUUUUUGUGUUUGUUGCUUCCAGUGUGACAAAGAUACUUAUGUCUUCUGCAUGAGAAGUGUCAGAGAAAACUGGGUGAUGGAACACAGCAAAUGAUAGCCUCUUCAUGCUUGAUUCAAUUAAAAUUCUGGUGAAAUACUGCAAGGCACAACACAUUUUACUAUAGCCAUAUAAUAUGCAUUAUAUAUAUAUUAUAUAUAAAAAUGUAUCAGAGCUAAGUUUGUAUCAAUACUGGUUAUCAUCUAAAUAGGCUGCCUUUAAUCUACCUUUAUUGUUUUCAGCAAAGUAUGAUAAUGACUGGGCAUAAUUAGAGGAAAUGCAAUGAAAAAUUCAGAUUUUUGUUGUGAUAUCUGUGUCUUAAAGAACCUUCACUAUAUCAUUUAUUUGUUGUUGAACACAGUGUUGAUAAAAACACACCCACUAGUAUUCCUCUCCGCCCACCUCAGCGCACUGCAUGUAACCAAAAUGACAUGAUAUAAGAAAUCAUUUGUCCCAAGUGCUAUAAUGAUUUUAAUCAGAUACUGGGAAAGAUGGUACCAUUUAAGACUUUUUUCAACAUUUGUACACCUUCCUUAUGUCAUGUUUUCAGUUUUGCUUGUUUGUUACCUUUUUAUCUUCCUUCACUAUUAGGAAGAAUGUUUGUAUUUUAGGAAGGUAAUGCACAGGGCUAUCUGUUGAUAUGUCUCUUAUGUCUUCCAGUGGCCUUCUAUGUCUUUUAAAUUGUGAAGCCAAAGGCAUUUUCACUUGAAUGACAGUAAAAACUUGUAUUUGUAUU